UCCCACCAACCCCCUCCUGCGCCCGCCCCUCUCCCCCCCCCAGCUUCUCUGCCUGUUGUCGAAUCUGUCUAUCUGUCUGCCCUCUCUCGCUUACCGCUGUUCUCCCGCUGUGUGCACCCUGCGUAAACCAUGGCCGAAUCCAGACCUGCCCCUCUUCGUCUGGGCUCCAUUGCUCCCAAUUUCCAGGCUGAAACCACAAAGGGCCCCAUCGACUUCCACGAGUUCGUCGGCGAUGGCUGGGUUGUCUUCUUCUCGCACCCCGAGGACUUCACGCCCGUCUGCACCACAGAGCUUGGCGCCUUCGCUAAGCUCGAGCCCGAGUUCACCAAGCGAGGCGUCAAGCUGAUUGGCCUCUCCGCCAACACUCGCGGUAGCCACGAGAAUUGGAUUAAGGACAUCGACGAGGUGACUGGGUCACACGUGUCCUUCCCCAUCAUCGCUGACAAGGAGCGCAAGGUCGCUUACCAAUAUGACAUGAUUGACUACCAGGACACUACCAAUGUUGAUGAGAAGGGCAUCGCUUUUACUAUCCGCUCAGUCUUCAUCAUCGACCCCAAGAAGACAAUUAGGACGAUCCUAUCAUAUCCCGCCUCUACCGGUCGAAACUCUGCCGAGGUCCUACGCAUCGUGGACUCUCUCCAGACUGGCGACAAGCAUAAGGUCACUACCCCCAUCAACUGGGUUCCUGGUGACGACGUCAUCGUUCACCCUAGCGUCAAGAACGAGCAGGCUAAGGAGUUGUUCCCCGACUUCCGUAUCGUGAAGCCGUACCUGCGGUUUACCCCGCUACCUAAGGAGAAGGCGACUGUCUCGUAGGUAACCAGGGUAUGGUAAGGCACCAUGUUAUCCUAUCCUAGCGAGGAUGAGAGCUGGAAGAUAUUCGUAACGUUGGUGUCCCUUGCGCCACAAAGUAAAGCGUUAGAUAAUAAACUAUCUUCAAUCUUGAUCUUUUACAUUAGGUAAAUACUAAGAGCACUUUUAUAAAAUGAACUAGGUUUUUUUUAUGUAAAAUUUAAAAUAAGUUUACUUUUACUAUUAGUUUAAUACUUAUUACUUUUUAAAUUAUUAUAUUACAUUUUAUUAAAUGUAGUUUUAGGAAAUGUCGUUUAAUUAUAGUUAU